GUACCUACUCAUCACAAGUAUUCUGAUUGUACCACCCACCCAAAUAGUAAGUUGUAUUGUCAUGCUCUUGGAAACUGUAAUUUAUAUUGAUGAGAAUAAAAUUGCAUGAUAAAUUUGAUGUUUUCAGCAUGUAUUUUAGGGUUUAUGGAAGUUACAUUACCUAAAUUGAUUAUUGAUACAAAAAAAAAAAGAAAAAAGAAAGAAAAAAAGAAAACAGAAGAAGCACAAUGGCCAUACUCUCAAAUGGCAAGUGAGCUCGUUUCUUAAAAUCAAUUUAACAAGUUUGAUGGACUUCCUCCAUUUUGCUCAGUGCAUAAUGGGCUUCCACACUUUCCAAACAAGAUGUUAUUUUCGAUUUAAAGUGGGUGCUGUUCACAUUGGCACCAUUGCAAUUUGCACCCUCCCUUUCCCACAUGGUGCCUCAGUUUGUUGACAAUAAUUGAACAAAAUGAGCACACACUUGCCACUUGGAUCCAGUUUGAUGGACUUUCUCCAUUAUGGGGAGUGGGGUUUCUGCACUUUCCAAACAAGGCACUGAUCUAAUUUAAAGUGGGUGCAUCUACUAUGAAUCAAGAUGAUGCAGUUGCCAUUUGUGCCCCUCUCCUAAUGGUGCCUUACUGUCUUGACAAUAAUAGAGUUUUUCUGAAGCCGGAGAGAAUGGAAUCAAGAUCUGUUACUUUUGUGCAACAUCAAUAUUUACUAGUGGAUUGGACACGAGGGAAAAAUCUAAUUUUCUCAAGUGCUGCCCCUACUGCAAAUGAACUUAGAGGGCCAUGUGAUGUUGCAAAUUUAUCAUCUUUGCUUGGACUCUCUAUGGAGCGAGCUAAAGCAGCUAUUUCCAAGAACUGCAGGUCUCUGAUAGCGAGUGCUCUGAGGAAAAAGCAGUGUUAUAAGGAGGUCAUCAGAAUUGAAAGAAUUUCAGAUGAUGAACUAUUGGAUUCCGAAGGAGCUUGGUUUGGUGAUUGGAACAACUGGGAUCCCAUCUCUAGUGGUGAAGGUGAUCUGUCAUUGGAUGAUAUUGCAACAUUCUUCUCUGCUGCCAGCAACAGAUCUAAAAGUUCAGAUGCCACUGACAAAUCUGUUGCAGGAAUGCCAUUGAAUACCACACCAUUAAAAGAUCAGAAUAAUCGGCUCUCUAGCAGUGUUGGCAAUUUUCUAUCACUGGAUACUAGCUCCCUUUUCUUUUCUGCCAAGGGAAUUGGGUCAUCUGUUGCUGCAGAUAAAAUCUCCAAACAUUCAAAUGGGUUUGAUGUAGUUUCCAAUGCAGAUUGGAUACCAUUGAAUGGGACCCCAUUAACAGGUGGAAACUCUGAACUUGAAGCUAAUAUGCCAUCACCAAAUGACACUGCAACAUUUGUCCCCGAAGUGAAGGAAUUGGAGAUGACUGCCGCCUGCAAUGAACAUCCUAACAUUUCAGAUGGGCUUGAAGGAGUUCCAGUUGCAGUUGGGAUGCUGCUGGAGGACACACCAUCAGGGGAUUGCGUAUUUGGUGGCAAAGGCAAUUUGAAGUUACUGGAUGAUAGUGCACCACUUUUCACUGCUGCCAAGGACAUUGAGUUGUUUGCUGCACAUAAUGAAGGCCCCACACUAUCGAAUGACCACGAUGUAGAUUUGGGUGCAGCUGGAACCCCAUUGGAUGGUAUGUUAUCAAAGGAUUGCAUAUCUAGUGUUGAAGUCAAUAUGUUGUCACCAGAUGAGUCCAUGACUUUUGUUGCUGCUGCCAAGGUAAUUGAUCUUUGCGAAGCUUGCAAUGAAGAUUCUGGAAGAUCAAAUCCGCUUGAUUUAGUUUUGGUUGCAUGUGAUAUGCCAAAGCAGGAAGUUCAAAUGGUGACAGAAGAGCAGGAACCAAAAGAUGUAGUUUCAGUUGCAUAUGAUGUAAUAAUGGAGGAAGUUUUGGUGGCUGCAAAAGAGCGGAAACCAAAAUAUGUUGCUUCAGCCACAUCCAAAAUACCUUCGCAGGAUGGUUUUGCCAAAACAGAAUCUCAGGAAUACAGAGAUGACAGAAUUCUGUUUGCCAAUUUUACUCCAUUGGAAGAAGCUUCUGCUAAAAUGGAUGAGGCAAAGAAAAGGGACAUAGUUUUGCCAGCAGAUGAUGUGACACUGGGGGAGGCUUUAUCUGAAAUGGUAGUACGAGAACAAGAUGUUUUGGUUGAGCACAAAAAGGAGGUUUCAUUGCACAAGGCUAAGCCAGGGAAAGGCAGAUUCAAGCUAAGGCCACCUCGCCUAUUGCCCUUCAAGAGCAUGUUGAAGCCUCAACUUUUCAAGAAGAGAAUGCGGCGGUUGAAACGAUAAGAAGGAAAUCACCUGUGUAUUAACUAAUUUUUGAUCGGCAGAACAAUCAAAUUUUCUGAGGAAUUUUUUUCCUGUAAUUGGCAGAGCAAUCAAUUAUCUGAAGGUUUCCUUUUGUUA